AUGUAUGAGGAUCCCGCCUCCGAGAUGAAACUCGGAGAGCUUGGCGUUGUGACUGACAACCUCGCUAAUCUCGCAUUGCAGGGUGGGAUCAGCAAAUACAGCCAAAGAAAAGUUUCUCCUGAAGAUUUCGUUCUGUUGAAGGUGAUUGGAAAAGGUUCCUAUGGGAAGGUGAUGAUGGUUCGAUAUAAGCAAGAUGGAGGUGUUUAUGCGAUGAAAAUGUUGCGCAAGGAGAAUAUUAUUAAGCGCAAUCAGGUUGAACACACAAAGACUGAGCGAAAUGUAUUAGAAUCGAUCAAUCACCCUUUUAUUGUCCAAUUGUAUUUUGCAUUUCAAACUCCAAAGAAGCUCUAUUUCGUUAUGGAAUAUUGUCCUGGCGGUGAAUUGUUUUUCCACCUCUCUCUAGCUGGUCGUUUAUCUGAAGGACGUGCUCGUUAUUAUGCUUCUGAAAUCGUACUCGCUUUGGAGCAUUUGCACAAGCUUGAUAUCGUUUACAGAGACUUAAAGCCCGAAAACGUUCUUCUAGAUGAGGAGGGUCAUGUGCGUCUAACUGACUUCGGCCUUUCCAAGGAAGGGGUACAGGAUAACUUCUCUGCUAAAUCCCUCUGCGGGACUCCUGAAUAUCUUGCCCCUGAAAUUCUAAAUCAAACAGGGCAUGGAAAAGCUGUCGAUUGGUGGAGUUUGGGAGCAUUAAUUUAUGAAAUGCUAACUGGUCUUCCUCCCUUCUAUACUCGCGAUCGGGAGCUUCUAUUCGAGAACAUUCGAAGUGCUGAACUCCGAUAUCCUUCGUUUAUAUCGCCCGUUGCGAAGUCUCUCCUUAUCGGUUUGUUCCAGCGGGACCCCAAUCGACGUCUAGGAGGAGGGAAGCGUGACGCUGAGGAAAUCAAAGCGCAUCCUUUCUUCGCAACUGUUGAUUGGCAGCGUGUUUAUUACAAGCUCGAACCUCCGCCAUUUCGACCGACUUUGGUGUCUAAAACAGAUGUUCAAUAUUUCGAUAAAGAGUUCGUAAAACUUCCGGCGAAUAAUUCCGAGGUUCCAGAUUCAGCGUUGUCCCAAGCGGUUCGGGACGACAUGUUCCAAGGAUUUUCAUAUGAUGGAAGAAAUGAUGGGUACAGUCGAUUGAUGUCCCAAAUUUGGUUCUUAAUUGUCCCAAAUUUGAUUCUUGAUUCCGUUUUUAGAGCGCUGUACCUUCAUAAAGAUCAAGGUCAGCACGUCUAA